AUGUCUUACCAGCAACAACAGUGCAAGCAGCCCUGCCAGCCUCCUCCUGUGUGCCCACCCCCUAAGUGCCCAGAGCCUUGUCCUCCCCCUAAGUGCCCAGAGCCUUGUCCUCCCCCAAAGUGCCCUGAGCCCUGCCCGCCUCAGCCAUGCCAGCAGAAAUGUCCUCCUGUGCAACCUCCUUCACCCUGCCAUCAAAAGUGCCCACCCAAGAGCAAGUGA